CAAGUUAUAUUAACUUUGAUUAAAACGUUUGAUACUGAAAAGAGGCUUAAUAAAUAUAAAAUCAAAAAUUGUGAGCUGUUAAGAACAUGUGACAGAUUUAGCAUUUUACAAAAAAAAAACUGACUGCAACCGCAUUGCAUCAAACUAGAUGCUUAAUUACAAAAACUACAUAAACACAUAAAACCUGCAAACACUAAUACAUUGCAACAGCUACACAUAUAAAUAAUAGAGAUGGAACGAUCGAUCGGCAGUGUAUCAGUAUCGGACGAUUUUCAGCCAAAGUACGGUAUCGGCGAUCGGCAGAUAUUCCUCUGAUUUUAGCCGAUCUGAUUCAGGAGUUUAGGGUUAAGCAGUUAAUAUGCUCUGUGCACGCCGGGGUGUGACGUAAAUUCAGGAUGGUUGUAAACAUCCGGUAGCUACUGAACGCGUACGCUGAAUCACUUCUCCGAUCUAUUUAUUUAUUACUUUUGCACCUUUUCUACCCACCUCGUGUCCUUCUACCCACUCCUCCUCCUGUCGUUUACAUAUCCUAAACAUGACAUGUAAACGCACAAAAUUAUCUUUUCAACAACGUACGGACAGCAGGUCUAACCACCACUGCUGUGUGCCGUUCUGCACAGCAUCAUCUAGGUCCAACUCUCACCUGAGCUUCCACACCUUUCCAAAGGACUCCGAAUUGCAGAAACAGUGGGUUGUUAAGAUCAGGAGAGAUCAUUUUAUCAUAACAAGUACUUCUCGAGUGUGCUCGCAACACUUUGUCACUGCUGAUUUAAUCGAGCCCCCCACUCCUGCUGGACGACAACGCCUAACACCCGGAGCUGUUCCUGUGCUUUUCCAUUGGAAUAACUACAAUAUGCCAACCGCAAGACCUGGAGUAUGGGAAAGAACAGAGCGUCCACCCAACACCGAACCAACAGAGAUGCCGACUGACCCUGAUGACCCAUGGCCGUGUCAUGAACAUGACUACUGUGCCAGUACUGAGCCUGCUGCCCUUGAUAUCUCCCUUAACAAAAACGAAGAGCUACGCGAGGAGAUAUCAAGGCUCAGAAAACAAGUCGAGGAGUUAACCAUCAGCAGCAGGUUUGGUUUGGAGCGGUUUGCUGCCUCUGAUGAAGACAUACGAUUCUUUACCAGAUUUGCAACUCACGCCCACCUGAUGGGAUUUUGGAAGCAAAUAGAGCCAGCCACCCUCAACAUUGUACGGGUUACAAGAGCUCAGACUGCAGUGAAGACUGAUCAAGUCCCUCACUCUGCAAGUGCAACGGUUCUUCAACCAAUUGAUGAGUUCUUCCUGUUCAUGAACUACCUGUCAUUGGGACUCAUGCAAAGGGAUUUGGCCCAUAGAUUUAGAAUACACCGGUCGCAUUGUUAA